GGCUUUGUCGUUUUUCAAGAUGAUAUCCCACGAUUUACGGCAACAUAUCGUAAGGCCAGUGUAUAUUCUAUUUGGAGAUCAGAGAAUCCAAAAUUUCUAUUUGCCUACACAAAAGAAACUCAAACCGAAGAAUAUUUUCAGGAUUUUUUAUUGAAAAAUGCCCCCAAUAUUGUUGUUAUUGAAUCGGAAUAUCGAAAUUCCUCGCAAUUUUAUAUAAAAGUAAAUAAAUUUGUUGGUUCUUUGUUCAAAAAUCCCCAUGAACUAUUGGAAAUUAGCAAGUUUGAUGCUCUAACAAGGACCUUUGAACCAAAUGUAAGUUUAUAUCCCCGAAAUAAAUUACAAAAUCUACAUGGACGUGAAGUAAUUGUUGGUGCAUUCGAUUAUCGUCCGUUUAUUGUCGUGGAAUAUAAUCGUACACCGGAAUAUUAUGAUCAUGCUGAGGAUAAUCCACGGCAUUUGGCCCACAUUGAUGGUACAGAAAUGCGUAUUCUUCACACCUUCUGUGAACUAUAUAAUUGUAGUGUUCAGAUGGAUACAACCGAAAAAGAGGAAUGGGGAUUUGUAUAUCCGAACUAUACAGCGGAUGGACAGCUUGGUAGGCUUAUAGAUGGAAAAAUACAUAUGGCCAUGGGUGCCAUGUUUUUAUGGUAUUCAGCAUAUAAAUCUAUCGAUCAAACAACAUUUUUGGGUAGAUCUGGUGUAACAUGUCUAGUUCCUGCGCCGACUCGUAAAACCCGAUGGACGCUACCGAUUACUCCAUUUCAAUACACCCUGUGGUUGGGUGUAAUGUUCUGCUUGUGCUGGGAAACGUUGGCAUUGUUUGUGGCAAGAAUGUUUGAAGAGCGCAUUGUGGCACAUCGGGAAAACCUCUCAAAAUGGUCUAGUAUACAAUUUGCGUAUACAACCACACUGAAAUUAUUUAUAUCGCAGAGUUCCAGAUAUAAGGUAAUCUCACAUACGGUAAGGACCAUUCUCUUCGCCUGUUAUAUGAUUGAUAUUAUUGUGACGAGUAUUUAUGCCGGAGGACUAUCGGCCAUAUUAACAUUAGCGGAUCUUGAUGAAGCAGCCGAUUCUGUGGAACGUUUAUACAGCCACAAUCUUACAUGGACCGGAACUUCGUAUGCUUGGCUUACCUCAAUAGCCGAUGAAGGAGAAAAUAAUCCUUUAUUUCGCCGCCUCCUGGACAAUUUCCGUAUAAGCAACAUGGAUGAAAUGCGCCGUAAAGCCAAAACAGAAAAUAUGGGUUUUGUCCUGGAACGCAUGGCUUUUGGUCAUUUCGGUAAUAGUCAUUUUAUAACACCCGAAGCUCUGCAACAUCUUAAGCUAAUGGUUGAUGAUAUCUAUUACUCGUAUACUGUGGCCAUGGUACCACGUAUGUGGCCUCAUCUACCCAAAUAUAAUGAUUUCAUUUUGGCCUGGCAUUCAUCGGGUCUUUCGAAAUAUUGGGAAUGGAAAAUUGUCGCCCAAUAUAUGAAAGGCAGUGACCAGGAUCAGGUACAGGCUUCAAUGUACAGUUCAGCGGAUACGGGAGCAGUUCCGUUGGAUAUUGAUAAUUUUGCUGGUUUAAUCGUUAUAUGGAUUGUGGGUAUAUUGUUGAGUAUUGUGGCAUUUAUUGGGGAAUGGCUAUGCUAUUGGUUGAAUAAGAAGUACAUGAAAGCAUAA